AUGGCCGACUUAAACUCCUGGGAAGAUGACCCUGCUGCUGCGCAGGAAGACAACCUGUCUCGGCAGGCGCAGCAGAUGAACCUUAACAACCAAGCUCAACAGCAACAUCAGCAACAUCAGGGCGGAUUCAGGCCAGCUGUUUCAUCCUUCCAGCCUGGAGCCCAAUCCUUCCAACCCGGUGGUCAAGGCUUUGGAGCUUAUGGUGCUAGCCAGUACAACCAGCAAUACUAUGGCGGCCAAGGCUACUACCCCCAGUAUGGAGGUCAGCAGCCAGUGCUGGACCAGUAUGGCCAACCCCAGGGCGGCUAUGGAGCUGUAUAUGGACAGCAGCCUGGCGGCUAUAACCAAGGAUAUGGUCAACAAUACCCCCAAUACCAGCAGCAACAGCCAGGGUCUCAGAGUCAGAAGCCAAAGCAGCAAGCUCAACCUGUUCCCACGAUUGCAAAGCGACCAACCGAUGCCCCUUCUGCGCCGGCCGCCGAUCUAAACAAGCCAGUUACGACGAAGGAGGGGGGCGCAAAGGUCUUGAGUAUUGGCGGAGACCCACCCAAACCUAAGGCCGCAAAGGUCCUGUCGAUCGGCGUUCCAGCGCCACCCAAGGAUGAUCCUAAGAAGGAAACUCCUGCUGCCGCUGCAGAUGCCGGCGCCAAAGCGACGGCUGCCAAGGCUAUCGAAAAGACGGGUGAGACCACCAAGGCCAGUAGCGGCAAAACGUCCCCGACUCCGUCCUCUGGUCGUUCAAGUCCAUCUCGCGCCAUCAAGGCCGCCGCUGAGAAGCGAGCUGCCGACGCCGUCGCGGCGGAGCAAGCUGCUGAUGUUGAUGACGAAACCCUGAACGAAAUCUACGGCAAGGAGCACAUAAACAUCAUCUUUAUCGGCCACGUCGAUGCCGGCAAGUCUACACUCGGUGGUUCCAUCUUGUACGCCACCGGCAUGGUCGACCAACGUACAAUGGACAAAUACAAGCGAGAAGCCAAAGAAAUGGGUCGCGAAACUUGGUAUUUGUCCUGGGCUUUAGAUCUCACUAAUGAGGAGCGCAGCAAGGGCAAGACCGUCGAGGUUGGUCGUGGUUACUUUGAGACCGAGAAGCGACGUUACAGUAUCUUGGAUGCGCCAGGCCACAAGACCUACGUGCCACACAUGAUCGGAGGCGCCUCCCAAGCAGAUGUGGGCAUCCUCGUCAUUUCAGCCCGAAAAGGUGAAUACGAGACCGGUUUCGAAAAGGGUGGGCAGACCCGAGAACAUGCUAUGCUGGCCAAGACGCAAGGUGUCAAUAAGCUCGUGGUUGUCAUCAACAAGAUGGAUGAUUCGACUGUCGAGUGGAGCCAAGAAAGAUACAAGGAGUGCAGCACCAAGCUCGCUCAAUUCUUGAAGGGGACUGGCUACAACUUGAAAACCGAUGUCUUCUUCAUGCCUAUUGCUGCACAACAAGCCAUGGGAAUCAAGGACCGCGUGCCCAAAGAAAAAUGCCCGUGGUAUGAUGGGCCCUCGUUGCUUGAGUACCUCGACGGCAUGAAGGCACUCGAACGCAAGAUCAAUGCUCCCUUCAUGAUGGCUGUCAGUGGUAAAUACCGAGACAUGGGUACCAUGAUCGAGGGCAAGAUCGAGGCUGGUGUCGUCAAGAAGGGCAUGUCAUUGGUCAUGAUGCCAAACAAGGACAAAGUCGAUGUCGCAGCUUUGUAUGGAGAGACGGAAGAAGAAGUCCAAAUUGCCCAAUGUGGUGACCAGUGUCGAAUGCGACUCCGAGGUAUUGAAGAAGAAGACAUUCUUCCUGGAUUCGUCAUUUGCUCUCCCAAGCGACUGGUCCACAACGUCUCGCAGUUCGAAGCACAAAUCAGGAUCCUGGAGCUGAAGAGUAUUCUGAGUGCCGGGUUCAACUGUGUCAUGCACGUGCAUUCUGCGGUCGAAGAGGUUACCUUUGCUGCUUUGCUACACAAAUUGCAGAAGGGCACCGGUAGGAAGAGCAAGUUGCCUCCUACCCACGCGAAGAAGGGCGACAGCAUCAUUGCACGGAUGCAAGUCGCCGGAGGUGCCAACGCAAUCUGCAUGGAGAAAUUCGAAGACUACCCGCAAAUGGGCCGCUUUACCCUGAGAGAUCAGGGACAAACCAUUGCCAUCGGAAAGAUUACACGGCUCAUCGUGGACGAUGAAUGA